UCAAGCCUUUUCUUUUUACACUGAGAAAUCUGACAUUGAAUAGGAGUCGAGGCGUUUUCUCGCAGCGGGUCAUCCUGUGUGAGAACAUGGAGACGGACAUGAAGUCUCUCCCUCACUCGGUGAAGCGGUGGCAGCUCCGCGGGACGGACUACGACCCGCAGCAGGCCAGCAGCCUCCGCUUCAGCUCCUGGACUCCCCUGAACAACAAGAGGAGCAACCUGCAGUUAUUCGAGGAGAGGAUGAACCUUGUGCUCCACUGGUUUGACCUGUGGACUGACAGACAGAGGAAACACCUGCUGUAUUCUCUGUUCACACACUGCACCAAGUCACAGCUCAAGUGCUGCAGGGAUUUGCUGAUGGAGACACUUCCUGUGACUCAGGUGGACUUCACGGCGGUGCUGCCACGCUUCCUGUCCUUGUAUGUGAUGUCAUUUCUGUCCCCUCGUGACCUCUGCUCUGCUGCCCAGGUCAGCUGGCACUGGAGGCUCCUUGCUGAGCAGGACUGUCUGUGGGCAGAACGGUGCAGCACGAGAGGCUGGUUCCUUCCCUACACUCCAGCAGAGAAAGAAUCUGGAGCGUGGAAGAACCACUACGUGUCCUGUGUCGCUACCAUGGACAGGCUCACUCCCCGGGAGGCAGCCGAGCAGUACGGGACCCUCAACCAACAAAGCCUGGGGAGGACGGAGGAGGAGGAAGAGAGGAGGAAGGAGAGGAGGAUCAGGCAGGUGAUCAGAGACAAACUACAGGAGGAGAAGAGACAUUCUAUGAGAACCAGGAGAGUCUGGGGCAGCUACACAAAGCCAGAAGGAGCCAGAGGUGGAAGUACGCAGACAGGAAGGCCCAGCUCUGCAAUAACAUUCAGCUCUUGGCCUUCUCUCUCCUGGCCUCCGAGGACUGUCGGGUCCCCCAGCGUCUGUCUUAGCCUGGACAGAGAACAGCCCAUGACUGCAGCUCAGAGCUUGGAGAGAGUCCAGACCUCUGGUCCUCGCAGUGAAAGACUGAACAGAGCCAGUGGAGCGCUGUCCUUCUUCACCAGCAGACCUGCAGUGCCACACACGGCCCCUCCCAUCCAUCGGACCACUCCUGCCCUCCUGCUGCUGAUCUCCAACAGAAUUCCUGCCUAUGAGCUGCUGCUGAGUGGUGUGAAGGCAGGAGUGAUCGUGGUGCUGUACGACCACAGAGGGACACUCUCGGCUCUCUUAACCCAGGUGGACAGCGCUAUCACUGGGCAGAGAGUUAAGAGACUGGGCCUACUAGCUCCAGGAGGAACUGAAGAAAUCCGUCUGCUUCACAGUCGAAGCCUGUCAGAGAGGACUCUACUGAACCCUGACCACAGAGAAUUCUGGGAAAAACUAUGUGGCUGGGUCGUACCAAGUGAGGAAAGAGGGGGGAUUGACAUCUUCUCCCCGCUGGCUGCAUCUGCAUCAGGAGCGGCUCUCAUCCACACUCUCUCUACUCUGACUGGUCUGGAGGUUCGGACACCUAUGGGUCUUGCCACCGGAUGUUUCCAGAGUAUCCUGAGUGAGUGGUCCCACAGCAGUGUGUGCACCGGACUCUCAAACCAACCAGCAGCAGCCCCCGCACUGCAGUUUGUGUGUGAGAGCGUACUGCAGGGCUGGUGCAGACAGGCUCAGUGGAUGGACGAGGCUGUGGAGGAGAUGAGGGACUGCCUGGGGACACAGCUGCAGCGGGUCAGCCUCCAGGCCAGGGGCCGGGCUCUGGGUCAUUUUCUAUGGGAGAAAAUCUGCCUUGAGGAGCUUUGUGUGUCCAACGAUGUAAAUGAGGCUCUGACUGAGGGGCUCACUGCUCUCACAAGACAGAGAGAGAUCAGACCUCUGGAGUUUCUUGCUGUUUUCCUGACAAGAUGGAGUAAGGGGAAGGAGGGAGAAGAGGGGAGUGGAGGGGAAAAGUGGCGCAAAGGAGCAGAGGAUUUCUCUUUAGCACCACACAGCCUGAUACCUGAGCUACCACAGACGGCGUUAGAUUGGAGAGGUGCAGCUGCCAGAGAGCUCCACUACAGCGAGUGUCUUUAUCUGGGGAGACUGGCUGCUGUGCUGAAGGUGUACCAGGAGCCUCUUACAGCAGCUCUCAACUCCAACAGAGCCAUCCUCAGCUACGCAGACAUCCACAUUGUCCUCAGCCCCGUCACACAGAUACUGGAGCUCAACAGGGUGUUCCAGGUAGAGUUAGAGGUCAGGCUGCAGCAGUGGGGUGCAGAGCAGUGUGUUGGAGAUGUGUUUGUAAAGCUGUGCUCAAAACUCAGAGUCUACACCAACUACCUCAACAACUACACCACCGCCCUCCGCACCAUCGACAAGUGCAGGGAGACGAAGCCUCCUUUUCGGGCUUUCCUGAAGAGAGCAGACAGAACUCUUCCGACCCACAUGCUGAGCCUGCAGGAGCUGCUGCUGUGUCCAGUGUGGAGGAUCCAGGAGUAUGUGACUCUGCUUCAAGCUCUGUCUCUACACACACACACCUCUCACCCUGACCACACACACCUCUCCUCUGCCCUCAACACCCUGCUGGCAUUCAGAGAUUUCAUACAAAAGUUGAAGCGUAACUCGGAGAGAGACGGACUGAUGGAGGAAACGCAGCAGAUGAUCAAAGGCUGUCCGAACCUCAGUGAAGGAAACAGGCAGCUGAUAAUAACUCAGCAUGCUGCUUUGCUCAGGAGCCCCGAUGAACAGAUUCCUGACUCGCUCAGGACCUAUGAGCAGGUGUCUGAUGUGGGCCUGUUCCUGUUUAACGACGCUUUGGUGUUGACUCGGCGAAAUGUGCAUCACACACCUUUCGCGCUGACUCACCAGAGCACACACACUUUCCUGGCCUCUGUGGCUCUCAGCAGCCUGGCCGUCAGAGAGAUCACACACUCACGCUAUGUGUGUCACGCCUUUGUCCUGGAGGGUCCUUGUCGUUCCUGGGUUUGUGCCACAGACAGAGGUGAGGAGAGAGAGCACUUCCUGUCUGUGCUGCGUUCAGCCAUAAGCUCUGCUCUGACGGGACUUCAGUGACGACUCACGGGCAAGACAAGAGGAGGUUUGAACUCCACUGUCAGCCUUUUUAUAUAUUACAUGUUUUAUUUAGGAAAGUAUUUUCUCACAUUUUGCACAAUCCUGCUUUUCAUUGGACGUAAGGUGCAACACAUUGCAGUACAUGUAUUUACACACAUACACAUGUUCUGAUACUGCAUGCGUUGCUCACUGAAACACAGUGUUGACCUCUACGGAUUGUAAAAAACUUUACACAUGCAUAUUUUGAAUAACCUGAAGGAAAUACUUUUGAAAAAGCAACAUAUUUUGUGUUGUGCGGUGAACGCUCGAUGCGUACUUGCUAUAAAUUGAGAAUAUUGUGAGUUUUACGUUAAUUGCAAUCGCACGUUACUUUUAAUGUGCCGACCAAACAUACAAGUAAACAUUACUGGAUGUAUACACGAGCGUCUCCAGACUUUGUGACAUCGUGAGGCUUGUGUUCCUUUUGACAUUAAACCAGUAAUAUUAGCGAAACAAUCCUAGCAUCACAAGUAGCAUCUGAUCUUCAUAUAUCUUAAAGUCAUCACUUGUCAUUUUAUCUUACAAGUAUCAUAUUUGUUGUUUAUUGUCUCUUCACCACUUAUAUUUCCAAAUAAGUGACAAACGUUAAUAAAGCUAAA